CACACACACACUGUAUCCCUAUAUACAUAAAUACAUAUACACCCUGUAUCCCUAUAUACACAUAUACACCGUGUAGCGCUCUCUUUCUCUCUACACACACUGUAUCCCUAUAUACAUAAAUACAUAUACACCCUGUAUCCCUAUAUACACACUUAUACACCAUGUAGCGCUCUCUUUCUCUCUACACACACUGUAUCCCUAUAUACAGACAUACACUCUGUAUCCCUAUAUACAGACACACACCCUGUAUAUUCCGUAUAUACAUUCACAUAUACACCCUGUAAACCUAUAUACACCCUGUAAGUCUUGUGUCAUGUGUGGGCACUGGGCGUCUCUGCGGCAUCUCCCGGUGUCUGAGCGCAGAGUGGACGCUGGAGCCUGGGACACUCCCCCCGGUCCCGUACAGUGGUGUGUUCCGAUUACCCCCGGUUCUGCUUACCGUGGGUCAGUCCACUGUGUGUCAGAGGGGAAGCCGGGCUGUGACAGGACCGAAGCCGGGAGAAAGAUGAGGAGAGCCGGGCGCGGGUGAGCUGCGUCAUGGCCUCCAAUUCCACGGACAUCGCCCGGCAGGGCUACGUGAGGAUGAAGAGCAGGAAACUGGGGAUAUUCCGGCGUUGCUGGCUGGUACUAAGAAAGUCUUCUAGUAAGGGUCCCUGGAGGCUGGAAAAAUACCCUGACGAGAGGUCAGUCCUCCUGCGCACAUCACCUAAGGUGACGGAGAUCAGUAAUGUCAAGUGCAUUAUGCGGCUGCCGAAGGAGACUAAGAGGCAGGCGGUGGCCAUUAUAUUCUCUGAUGACUUAUCCCGCACCUUUACCUGUGAUUCAGAGCUGGAAGCAGAAGAGUGGUACAAAGUGCUGUCCAUGGAAUGCCUAGGAACUAGAGUGAGUGACUGUCAUCUAGGAGAACCAGAUCUGCUGACCCCGGGGGUGCAGAGUGAGCAGACGGAACGUUUCAGUGUCUUCUUGCUGCCUUCCUCCAACUUGGAUGUACACGGAGAGUGUAAGAUGCAAGUAACAGAAGAAAAUCUCUACCUCUGGGACCCACACAACCCCCGCAACAAGCUGCUGUCAUGGCCUCUCUGUGCCCUGCGGCGAUAUGGGAGCGACUCCUCGCGCUUCACUUUCGAGGCAGAAAGACAUCUAUUGGAUUGUAGGGUGUGUGGUAUCACCGAAGGACUGUACACCUUCCAGACACAUGAGGGGCAACAGAUCUACCAACGGGUACACAGGGCCGUCCAAUCCCUGGCCGAGCAGCACAAGAGUCUACUCCUCCAGAUGGGCAACAGUUCCCGGCGCCUGAACAAGGAUGCAGAGAACGUACCUGGUGCCAGCACCUCAAUGCUUCCCCGCAGUGCAUACUGGCAUCACAUCACCAGUGGCCAGAGCAGCACAGGGUCUUCCAGUCGACCGCACAGCGGCAGAGAUUCAGAACCGAUUACCAGACGGAUGUUUACCCGGAAACUACCCACAUCAGCCUCGCAAUGACCACAAGACCCUCUUUCUUUGGGCAACCGCUCCAUCUGGACUGAAUGCGGAGAGCACAUUUCUGUAUAAAGCCAGUUUUGCACUAUAAAAGAAGCAAUUUGUGUUGCA